ACGCCGGCUCCCAAUCUGUCGACGUGUUCAACCGGCCGGCGAAGGCGUUCGUCAUUUUCCGCCUCGUGGCCGCACCCGAUUCGUCCGAGAAUAACGCGAACGUUCACUCCAAUUUGAUUGUUGUGAUCGAGUCAUUCAUCCGCCGUUCUUCGUCGCAAAAAGGCAUACGCACGAGGAUGUUCAAGAAACUUAUUUUGUUCGCCGGCCUGGUGGCAUUGGCCGUCAGCGACGAUGCCAAAAAAGGGCCGAAAGUCACGGACAAAGUCUACUUCGACAUCACCAUCGGCGAUGAAGCGGUCGGUAGGGUCGUGAUUGGUUUGUUCGGCAAAACCGUGCCGAAAACCGUGGAGAAUUUCAAGGAACUGGCCAAAAGACCGGCUGGCGAAGGUUACAAGGGUAGUAAAUUCCAUAGGGUGAUCAGCGGAUUCAUGAUCCAAGGUGGCGAUUUCACUAAAGGUGACGGUACCGGAGGUCGUAGCAUUUAUGGAGAACGUUUCGCCGACGAAAAUUUCAAGCUGAAGCAUUAUGGCGCUGGCUGGCUGUCCAUGGCUAAUGCAGGCAAAGACACGAAUGGAUCUCAAUUCUUUAUCACAACCAAAAUAACCUCAUGGUUAGAUGGCAGACAUGUAGUGUUCGGUAAAGUUCUAAGCGGUAUGAACGUCGUAAGAAAGAUUGAAGCGACGCAAACUGACGGCAGAGACAGGCCAAUCAAGGAUGUGGUUAUUGCCGACAGUGGAGUUGAAGAUGUACCAGAGCCGUUCUCUGUAUCCAAGGAUGAUGCUACAGAUUAAAGAUUGUGAUUUUAAUUAAUAAGUUUUUUACUGUACUAUAUUAAAAUCGAUUUUGUAAUA